CUGCGCAUGCGCACACACUUUGUAGGUUCUUCCUCCAAGUUAAGUAUGGUGGGCAGCGCGCGCCUGGCUCUUCUAGGUUAGAUAAAGUCACUUCGAAAGCCGCACACAAGUUUAAAAGGUUGACAGAAAAUUCAUGGAAGAUACUGGCCUGCAACUCUCAGACGACACCAUUACUGGAAUGCUGGACACUGAGUCCCCUGUCAUGGAGAGCAAUGGGGAUGCCUUUCUUCCUGACCUUCCUGUUCUAGGACAAACUGCUGACUGGUCCCCGGACCAGGUUGCUCCAGAACCACUUACCAAUAUCUUGCCUGAAGACUCAGAUGCAUCCCAGGAUGCUCCAGAGCAACCACAUGAGCAGACAAAUUCCACAGAGCUGGGAUCUGUGGAGAAGGCUGUGGAGCAAUUUCAGCUUGCCAGUGCUCAGCUCUUCCAAGAAGAGCAGCCACCACCACCACCACCUCCACCACCACAGCCUGCAGAAGAGCCACCAGAACCCAAAGCAGAGUCUGGAGAGUCUGAACAGUCUGAACAACACAGCGAGGAAAUGAGUAUAGAGCCAGAAGCUGCUGUGCAGGAUGGCAGUCAAGAAGGGACUGAGGCACCACAGGUGGCAGAGGAUGGUAUGGAACUGGAGGAACCACCCAAAGAUGCAACAGAAGAGUCGGCUGUUCCUGCAGAGCCAGAGCCUGAGCCACCCAGUGAGUUUGAAAAACUCUACAAAGGAUGUGAGGAUAACCCAGAAGACUUCAAUGGUUGGGUCUACCUGCUGCAGUAUGUGGAACAAGAGAAUGCCCUUCCAGCUGUGAGACAAUCAUUUGAUGUAUUCUUCCUGCGUUAUCCAUACUGCUAUGGCUACUGGAAGAAGUAUGCUGAUAUUGAGAAAAAGCACGGGAAUAUACAGGUUGCAGAAGAGGUAUACAGAAGAGGCUUGCAGGCCAUCCCUCUCAGCGUGGAUCUGUGGCUGCAUUACCUGACCUUCAUCAAAGAGAACUCAGACCUGACAGACCCAGAGGCAGAGGGACGCAUUCGAGCUGCCUAUGAACAUGCAGUGCUUGCAGCAGGCACAGACUUCCGCUCAGACCGUCUGUGGGAGGCCUUCAUCACCUGGGAGACAGAGCAGGACAAGCUGGCUAACGUCACCGCCAUCUAUGACCGCAUCUUGGGCAUCCCGACCCAACUGUAUUCCCAGCAUUUCCAGAGGUUCAAAGAUCACGUGCAGAACAACCACCCUAAACACUUCCUGUCAGAAGAGGAGUUUGUUCAGCUGAGACUGGAGCUGUCUAAAGCCAGCCUGUCUGCGAUGAUCGGCGAGGACGCAGAGACACCUGUUCCUCAGGACGACCUGCCACCUGGUACAGAGGAUCUUGCGGACCCUGCCAAGAGAGUGACAGAGAUCGAGAAUAUGCGCCACAAGGUGAUCGAGGUUCGGCAGGAAGUGUUCAACCACAACGAACAUGAAGUCAGCAAGCGCUGGGCCUUUGAGGAAGGGAUCAAGAGACCAUACUUCCAUGUCAAAGCUUUAGAGAAGACCCAGCUAAACAACUGGAAGGAGUACCUGGACUUUGAAAUUGAAAACGGGACGCCGGAGCGCGUGGUUGUUCUUUUUGAAAGAUGCCUCAUCGCCUGUGCACUCUACGAGGAGUUCUGGACCAAGUAUGCAAAAUAUCUAGAGGCCUACAGCACUGAUGGUGUGAGACAUGUCUACAAGAAAGCGUGUUCCAUCCAUAUGCCCAAGAAACCAGCCAUCCACCUGCUGUGGGCAGCCUUUGAGGAGCAGCAAGGUAAUGUAGAGGAGGCUCGCAGCAUCCUGAAGUCCCUGGAAGCAGGAGUCCCAGGUCUGGCCAUGGUGCGUCUUCGGAGGGUCAGUCUAGAGCGUCGCCACGGUAACUUGGAGGAAGCGGAAGCCCUGCUACGGGAGGCCAUGGAGUCUGCGAAGAAUGCUACCGAGACAUCGUUCUAUGCCGUGAAGUUGGCCAGGCAGAUGAUGAAGGUGCAGAGAAGUCUGAGCAAGGCCCGGAAGGUGCUCUUGGAUGCUAUUGAGAAAGACCAGACAAGCCCAAAGCUCUAUCUAAACCUUCUUGAGCUGGAGUACAGUGGAGAUGUGACACAAAAUGAGGUUGAGAUCUUGGCUUGUUUCGACCGGGCCCUCAAGAGCCAGAUGCCGAUUGAAUCCCGCCUCCUCUUCUGCCAGCGCAAGGUUGAGUUCCUCGAGGACUUCGGCAGCGACAUCAACGUGCUUGUUGCUGCUUAUGAAGAAAAUCAGAAACUACAGAAAGAAAAUGAACCCUCUAAGAGGAAGGCCGAGAACGGAUAUGACAGCUCUCAGGAGCCUGACUCCAAGAGACAACGUGUGGACGACAGUUCUGCAGCAGUGGCAAACGCAGCGACAGACGCACAGGCAAACAACACUGCAUACAACAACUGGUACCAGUACGGAGCUUGGGGACAAAACUCCUGGGGACAGUACAACCAAUAUGCCCAGUAUAACCAGUACUACCCUCCACCUCCAACAUGAUGGACAAAAUCCUCACAUGAAGAUGGAGACUCAGAGGAAAGCAUCCUUUCUGACCUGCCUACAUCUCUUAACAGGGCUAUUUAACAUGGUGUCAUGGAGAUUUCAGUCCGAUCACAGCAGCUGAUUUGUUCCUUCUUUCUGGUUUAAAGUGUUCUAAUCAGUUAAAAUUUGUAGCCAUCGGUUGGAUUAUUAAUAAACUUGGCCCUCCAUGACAGUCAUGUUGAUCAGUCAUGUUUAAAAAAACAAAACAAAAACAAACCAUUAAUUGGUACAUUCGUCAUCUCCAACACUGGCUGCUUUUUGGGUUCUUUAAUGCAUGUUAUUUGUGACGGCAGAUAUAUUUUUUCUUGUGUGAUUAAAGCUUUUUAAUUUUUAGAUUGGAUGACUUAGUUUGGUCUCUUUUCUUUGUGUUCAUUUAAACUUGUAAAGGAGGCAUUCGUUGAUGUACCUCUGAGUUGUUUUCUCUCUCAAACUGAAAGAUUUUUAAUAUUACAUGGGUAUGUUUCCACAAACAAAAUGAAGAGUUCCUCCUUUUUUAUUUUGACUUGAUUUCAUAAUAAAGAGAUUGAUAUCC